GAACAAUCCAAGCAAAACCCCUCAAAAAGUCCAGAGCUUUCUCUCCGCCCAUCUUCGUCUUCGGCAAUGGCUGCCGCUGCCGCUCUCAGGAACCCUGAUUCCCGGCGACUCCUCCUUUCCUCCUCCUACGCUGCUUCCUACUACCACUCGUGCUGCCGGGGUGCGAUAUCAAGCGUUGAGCCGUCUCGAACGCUAUUGUCCGGCGUGAAUGGAGGGACGGCUCUGGAAUCCCCGCACUUGUGGAGGAGAUUCAUGGCCACCUUCACCCGCACGAAGCCUCAUGUGAAUGUUGGAACCAUUGGGCAUGUUGACCAUGGGAAAACUACUCUAACAGCAGCUAUAACUAAGGUGUUGGCUGAAGAGGGAAAAGCAAAGGCAGUUGCCUUUGAUGAGAUCGACAAGGCUCCAGAGGAAAAAGCCAGGGGAAUUACAAUUGCAACGGCCCAUGUGGAGUAUGAGACUGCUAAGCGGCAUUAUGCUCAUGUGGACUGCCCUGGUCAUGCAGAUUAUGUUAAGAAUAUGAUUACUGGAGCAGCUCAAAUGGAUGGUGGCAUUCUUGUUGUAUCUGCUCCAGAUGGACCAAUGCCACAAACUAAAGAACAUAUUCUGCUUGCCCGUCAAGUUGGUGUGCCCUCACUUGUAUGCUUUCUAAAUAAGGUUGAUGCUGUUGAUGAUCCAGAGUUGCUGGAACUUGUUGAGAUGGAACUGCGUGAGCUUCUAAGCUUCUACAAAUUCCCUGGGGAUGAAAUCCCAAUCAUUCGUGGUUCAGCUUUGUCAGCUUUGCAAGGGACUAAUGAAGAAAUAGGGAAGAAGGCAAUUCUGAAAUUAAUGAAUGCUGUUGAUGAGUACAUACCAGAUCCCAUACGCCAGCUUGACAAACCCUUCCUCAUGCCAAUCGAGGAUGUAUUUUCAAUUCAGGGACGUGGAACUGUUGUUACUGGCCGCGUUGAGCAAGGAACUAUUAAAACUGGAGAGGAUGUUGAAAUUUUAGGCUUAAUGCAGGGAGGUCCUUUAAAGACCACUGUUACUGGAGUAGAGAUGUUUAAAAAAAUAUUGGAUCAUGGAGAGGCUGGUGACAAUGUAGGCCUUCUUUUGCGUGGCUUAAAACGUGGAGAUGUGCAACGAGGGCAAGUAGUCUGCAAACCUGGUUCUCUGAAAACUUAUAAGAAAUUUGAGGCAGAGAUAUACGUGCUCACAAAGGAUGAAGGUGGUCGUCACACUGCUUUCUUCUCCAAUUACCGGCCCCAAUUCUACAUGCGGACUGCAGAUAUUACUGGCAAGGUGGAAUUGCCUGAAAACGUGAAGAUGGUGAUGCCAGGUGAUAAUGUCACUGCAAUGUUUGAACUGAUAUCUGCAGUCCCACUUGAAGCAGGGCAAAGAUUUGCUCUACGGGAAGGUGGCAGGACUGUUGGUGCCGGAGUCGUCUCAAAGGUGAUCAGUUAAGUUAUAUGUAGUCUACAUUUUUUCGAAGUCUGCAAGAUAUCUUAAUCAGAGAUGAACCUGCAUAACCACUUCUCAGUGGCAUGCAUUCAUGUGUGCUGAAAUCCAUGUACUACUUAUUUAUUGUUUUGGCUAGAAACUAUAGAAAGUGUUGCCAAUAUAAUCUUUAUCUAGAAUUUUUUGCAUAGUGUCUUUUCAGUAAUCUUGUCUUCAAUGUGCACUGAAGUUUCUUUACUUAGCCCAAACAUUAAUAAUAUCAGUCACAUUCACUGUUGACUCUU